GUCGAGGGGAAAGUUCAGGCAGUGGCCGUGUUCGUGGAGGUGGACGUAAAGGUGCUCGUGGGGGUGCUCGUGGAGGUGCUCAUGGAGGUGCUCGUGAUAGUCCACAUAUCACACAAUCCACUUAGGAUACCUUAUUUGAUGAUGACAUGACUCAGGGUGAGUAUGAUAGUGAGGUUGUACCUGAGACACAACAAGAUGAAGUGGUUGUUGAGCCAGGAGUCUUUUGGAUGACACCUGGUGAACUAUGGUUUGAUCAUAGUUCCCUCGCCCGACACAUCACGAGUGUCAUUCAAAAGUAUUACGUUCGUCCGUGGACGUGUUAUUCACAGGUGGACAACCAUACCAAAAAGCAUUGGUUUAAUUUGUUCAAGCGGACCCACAAGUGGCCAUCGGAGUACGACAACUUGGCCUUGCAUGACUACCAUGAAAAAGCGGGGCAAAGACUAAAGGACACACACAACUACAUCACGUCAAGAAGUGGUGGAAAACGUCCUGAUUGGUUGCCUGAGGAGGUGCAUAAAGAGAUGAUGAGGUAUGCAACGGAGGAUCCUGAAUUCCUGAAAAAGUCUGAGCGUUCAAAGAAGAAUUGGAGAGGCGGUUCACUAAAAAAUCCAAUUGAACCAACACAUUUUCAAGGUUCCAUUUCCACAGUAGAACAUGCAAAAAAAAUGGCAAAAGACAAUGGAGGUGCUUUGCCUACAGCUGGUGAGUUAUAUUUGAGGACGCACACGAAGAACAUACCGGGUAAAGGGAAUGUACCAUGCAGUAGCAAAGCGAAACAGAUCAAGGAAACAUAUGAAAAGACUGUUGCCGAAUGCCGUGAAAAAGGCUUUGAAAAGGAUCCAAAUCAGAUAUUUUUUGAGACAGUUGGUGGGAGAAUGAAUGGAAAGGUCCAUGGCUUGGGGAGUGGCUCACAUUUGUAUUAUGCACCACCUUUGAGGGGAGGUGGUUCUUCUAGCUCAUACGUUCCUUCCCUUUAUUCGCAAUUUCAACAACAAUUUACUCAAAAGACCCAAGCGUUGGAGGCGACACAAGCUCAGAUACUAAGGGAGAGAGAAGAAGAGAGACUGGAGCGACAAAGGGAGAAGGUAGAGCUACAAAGGGAGAAGGAAGAGCUACAAAGGCAGAGAGAUGCAGAGCGACUAGAGCGCCAAAGGGAGAAAGAAGAAAAAGAAGAAAAUGAUAGGGCCCAAGCAAAGGUGAUUGCCGAGUUGAAAGAGGCAAUGGAGAACUAUGGAAGGAUGUUCAGUCAGUGUAGUCAAUUUCAGUCUCAGGACCAUUAUGAUCCCCCCGGCGGAGGGGUUGGGCUAGGCGCUCCUACGGGCUAGCUACUUUGUAGAUUUUCAAACAUAUUUUCUAUGUAUUAACCCGUAGUUAUGUAUUAACUCGUAGUUAUGCAUUAUAUAUUAUCAAAGCUUUGUACUCCAUAGUUCGUGUUUUGAAUAUUGUGGUCGCAGGAAUUAUAGUGAAUAGCAGGGAAAUUGAAUA